AUGCAUUGUGCCUGUUUCUCUCGUUUACCACAAAAUGCUGAGAGGAUAUGUGUGAAACGCAGGGACCUUUGUGCUCAACUUCGUCAGUGGCAGCUGAAAGUUAUUGAAAAUGUUAAGAGAGGGCAGCACAAGAAGUCUCUAGACAAACUCUUCCAGGGCUUCAAACCAGCUGUAGAGGCAUGCUACUUCAACUAGGAAGAAGCAUAUCCCAUCCCUGGCAUCACCUACUGCAGUACAGACAAGAAAAACUCCUUUUGCUGGCUCAAGGCAUUUCAGCAGAGAAGCUGCCGACUUCAGUGUACUGAUGCAGUAUGUGAAGGUGGGCGAGGGCAGGGACAUGAAAGUUGUCACCUCUUUAGAGACAGAUCACACCCAUGCUCACAAGAGAUGUCUGUGCGUCCCAAAGAACUUGUAGGUAAAAGAAAGGUGACCUCAGAAGUUCCACAAAGGGUUUUGAGAAGACUUUCUACAGAAGGAGGAGAAAAGACUGUAUAUAAAUCCACAGUAAACAAAGGAAAAAUUACAGCAAGUAAGUGUGUUGCCAGCAAGCAUAGUGGCAAACGUCGAAUGAGUAGCGAAGACAGCUCACUGGAGCCAGAUAUGGCUGAAAUGAGUCUGGAUGACAGCAGCUUGGCGCUUGGGGCUGAAGCUUGUAACACUUUUAGCUUUGUAGAAUCUCCUCUUAGCAGAAAAUACCAGGACAACUUUGAAGAUGAAGGUGGGGUAUAUUAUUCUGAAGGUCUUGAACCAGUGGUUGGUGUAAGUGGAACAAUAUCAAAGGCUGAUUCUGAUCGAAUUGGGGAAUCUGCUGCUGCUAGUGGAGAAGAAGAUCUGAUAUCUGCAGAUGAGGGAAAAAGUAUCAAACCUGAAGAGAUGGGUGAGGAUGGAGCUGUGGGAGGGGGUAAAGGAGAAAGCAAAGAUGCUGAAGAGGGGGAUGUGAAAGAGAAGGGAGAGGAAGAAGAUGACUACCAAGCAUACUACCCAAGUCAUCAAGAGGCAGCAAAGAAUGAAGAUGAGAAAGGAGAUGAAGGACUGGAUGAAGAACAAGACAUAUUUGCUGGAUUAAAACCUCUGGAGCAAGAGAAUCGAAUGGAGGUAAUUGAGCCUCUUUGUGAUUUUCUUGUAAAAUUGGCAUAUCAAGAGUCAGAAAUUGUGUCUUUACUAAAAAAGAUCCCAUUGGACUGCAAUGAAAUGAAUACUAUCCGUGGUCGAGCAAAGGAUUUACGAGAUGGGACUUUGUGCGAUUACAGACCUGUUCUCCCUCUUAUGCUUGCCAGUUUUAUUUUUGAUGUGUUGUGCACCCCAGUGGUUUCCCCUACAGGCUCCCGUCCCCCGAGUCGUAAUCGCAACAAUGAGAUGCCGGGAGAUGAAGAGCUUGGCUUUGAGGCAGCUGUAGCUGCAUUAGGGAUGAAAACAACAGUCAGUGAAGCGGAACAUCCUUUGCUUUGUGAAGGCACAAGAAGAGAGAAGGGAGAUUUGGCACUAGCCUUGAUGAUUACCUAUAAGGACGAUCAGUCAAAAUUAAAAAAGAUUUUGGACAAGCUGUUAGACCGAGAAAGUCAGACUCAUAAACCACAGACCUUAAGUUCCUUCUACUCUUCCAGUAAACCUGCAGCAGCCAAUCAAAAAUCCCCAUCCAAACAUGCCUCUCAGUCUAGUGCAUCCAUCCUUAUAUCAGGUACCCCACCAGCUCAUCAGCAGCAAGGAGUAGCCAAUACAGUCCAUGGAGGCCUGGGGGAAAACCUUCCAGAAAAGAGCACACAGGAUAGCUCCCAGAAAUCAACUGGGGAGCCAUCAGGGGAAGCACAUGUGUAUAAACAGGAGGGAAAAGUCCCAAGCCGUCUUGCUUUGGGGAACCGAGGAGGUUACAAUGGGAGAUGCUGGGGUUCACCAGUGCGUCAAAAGAAGAAGCAUACAGGCAUGGCUAGUAUUGAUAGCAGUGCCCCAGAAACAACAUCAGACAGUUCCCCAACCCUCAGCCGUCGUCCUUUGCGUGGUGGUUGGGGAGCUACACCGUGGGGGAGAGGCCAAGAUAGUGACAGUAUCAGCAGCUCCUCUAGUGAAUCUUUGGGAUCAUCAUCUUCCAGUGGCAGCAGGAGAACCAGUGGGGGAGUUCGAGCCAAGACUGUUGAAGUGGGCCGAUACAAGGGCCGUCGCCUGGAAAGCCAUGCACCCCAUGUUCCUAACCAACCUUCUGAAGCCGCUGCUCACUUCUAUUUUGAGCUGGCUAAAACUGUCCUCAUUAAAGCUGGAGGAAACAGCAGCACCUCCAUCUUCACCCAUCCGUCAUCCAGCGGUGGACAUCAAGGGCCCCACCGCAACCUGCACCUCUGUGCCUUUGAAAUAGGCCUCUAUGCUUUGGGGCUGCACAAUUUUGUUUCUCCAAACUGGCUGUCUAGGACUUAUUCCUCCCAUGUUUCCUGGAUAACAGAUCAUUUCAUGUUGAUGGGGGAGGGGGGGGGGUUAGAAAAAAAUAAGGAGGAUUAUGGAAACAAGACAGGGAAGACCAAGGAACAGGAACAAAGUCAGACAUUCACUCAGUGGGUAACAGUAGUCAGCCAGGUCAGCAAAGUAUUCAGAUCAGCAGAAGAGCAGGGAACUGAUAACAUGAUGUUGGAAAAGGCCUGUGUGGCUGUAGAAGAUGCUGCCAAGGGAGGAGGCGUUUAUCCUGAGGUCUUGUUUGAAGUGGCCCAUCAGUGGUAUUGGCUGUAUGAGCAGAUGGUUGGUGGGACUCCUGUGCCGAGAGAGGGGGCUACUGGCUGCAGUACUGGAGGGGCUCGGCAGUGUGGACUUUCAGACAACAGGAUCAUCCAGGAAACAUCCACUGUGACUGUUGCAACAGCGGUGACUGCAGCAACUGUUGUGUUAGUGAUAUCAGUAGGCUCUACAAUAUAUCAGCAACAUACAGCAAUGGCUCAUGCACAUACACAGGGUCUCCACCCUUACACCACUCUUCAAACACAUAUACCAUCUGUCUGUAACCCACAGUACAUUGGUAUUCCUCACCAGCAACUCCCACAACCAGCUCUCCUUCCAGUCACAGGGGCUCUAUACACCCAGGUACUGAGACAUAAAGCCAGACUGGGGUUUGGUGAGGUCCUUCUGCAGACAUACUGUAGGGAAUGUUCAUAGUGGAACAACAUUUCCAGCCAUCCAAGGGUCAACCAUGACAACACUACGCACCCAGCCUGCAUCUCUAGUCACGCCAGGCUUCCCUGCAGAAGAUGAACAGCACAGCCAGCCUGUAAGCCCCCAAGGUUUGCAUUACCUGCAUUCAGCUUAUAGCGUAGGGAUGCUGGCUCUGGAGAUGCUGGGCAGGAGAGCCCACAAUGACCACCCUAACAACUUCUCCAGAAGCCAUCCAUACACAGAAGAUGUCAAAUGGUUACUAGGUUUAGCUGCCAAGUUAGUACAUCCACCACAGACUCAUCCACCUCACCCCGGCUGACAACGAUGAUUUUGUAAACGACAUCCGUAGUGCCAGAAGUGCAUUCUGUCUCACGCCUUUAGGAGCAAUGCAGUUCAACGACAUCCUACAGAAUCUGAAACGUAACAGGCAGACCAAGGAGCUGUGGCAAAGGGUUUCCUUAGAAAUGGCAACUUUUUCUCCUUGAUGAUACAGGCACAAGUUGAUUAGUAACCAUGGAGACUCUUGGGGGGGGGAUACAGGCUCCUCAAAGGGAAUAGGACACUACAAAUCAUCCAGUUUGGGACUGGACUAAACAUCUUAGGCAGAAAUUUAUUGCAGGAGGCCAGCAAUGUUACGUUAGAGGGUUAGCUCCUGUCAUAGCAACCAGCUGUGGGGUUCACAUCUCCAACCCCACAACAACCGUAAAAUAUUUGUACAUUGGCUUUCUUUCUCUUUUCUAAUAUAUAGUUUUUUUUUUAUAUUAGGAAAAAGUAUGACACAGGAAAGUUUACAGGAAACAAUACCAAGGAAAAAGGCAUAUUAGUAUCAACUGGCAUUCAAUUGACCAUGCAUCUAAAAUAAAACAUCAUUUUGUGUUCAAUGAA